GCCUGUUAUUCAACUCGUGUCCGCCGAGCUCGAGAAGUGCGGAUGGGAAAGUGAAGAACUACUCAACAAGAUUCAAAUACUAAUGAAUCAAGGUAAGUCUCACGUAGCAGCUUAGUAGGUAUUGACAUAUUAGCCAGGAUUGGUUAUUGCAAGUCGCGGAGGACCAGACAGCUGCAUACUCUCCGUUACAGAGCUUGCAUGGCUAGCCAAGGCCAGCUAUAGCAUUGCAUCCAAAGUAUUCAGAGCAACAAGUCUAGAGCCCGUCAUGCAUCUACUAGACAUCUCUAUCAAAUUCGCCGAAACCUGCCAACACCCUGAUAUUAAAGAGCACAUUGUUCUUUCUGAACACUAUCUCCUCUGCGACUCUCUCAAACUAGCCAGAAUUGCGAUAGAAGCCCGCAAGGAAAUCGGCGCCGCCGAAAAGCAAAAGCACUACAGCGCUAUACGUAGGAUCAGUACACACUUCAAAGAGCAGUUCGAGAGUCAGCAAACUGAAAACAGCAGGAAUAAGCCUCGAUAUGAGAGAUUACUUUCACAACACCGCACCAUUCUCGCCCUCGAUCUUGAGGCAUCGACCUUCCUGAAUGACUGGACGGGUGUCUGCGCAAUCAUCGAAGAAUCUUGCCCAUUUAUAGACGAGAAACUCAGCUCAGUAUUUCUAGACCGUCUCCUCCGCUCUGAUGGUCAACUGAAGCCUAAAGUGCAAGCAGUCAAGACCCUACUCCGCACCCUCCACGCCUCGCCAUCCCCCUUCCUAGACAAAUCAACCUUCAUCGUCAAAUCCCUUCCGCGCUAUAUCCGCUGUCUAUUUCAACUCUCCCUCGACACAGCAGAGUACCAGCUCGCAGAGUCAAUUCUCGAUCAGGCCCUCAUAUUGGCUCAAGGAAAGCAGACUGAAACCGGAAACGAUAACAAGCGGCCACUGUCAGGGUAUCCAGAUGAUGAGAUACGAUGGUUGUCAACUGUAGCAUUUAAUCGAGCAGUGGAUUACUAUCUCGCUGCGGCAGACAUGCAUUGUCGACGAUGGGCCGGAAAGGCAAUCAACCUGGCUGAUCUGGUAGAAGACGAUGGUGCACUGGGAAGGUUACUACGGGGAAAGCUUGAGAUGUUGACUUGAUUUGAAGCAUCCAUGUGAGAUUGUCGAAUGAUUACGUGGCAAGUUUAUAAGAGGAAAGGCAAGGGAAGAAUGGUACUAUUUAGUAGGGCAUUGAGAGAUCAGAUCUGAUGCUAUUUCUCCAAGGUAAAACAGCAAUGUCACCACUAAACUAAUUAUAGGAAACAAAGGAAUAAGGGUUGUAAGAAGUCUGUUUUACUAGGGGAAUGAACAGUUAC